UGGAGCGGCACGUGCUGCCUAGAAAAAGGGAAUAGUACCGAGUUGCAAGAAGUAAUAGAAGCGACGGUCGUACGGUAUCGAAAGUCCACCCUGACCAUUGCGUACCUCACCGAUGUUUCCGAGAACAAUUCAAUUGCUAGCAGCAAGUGGUUCCGCUGCGGGCGGACCCUCUAA